AUGCACGCGUCGUUGCAAGCCGCACGGCGAGGCCUUCACAUCAUCCCGACGGAACCCCUCACGAGUCGCGGCAGCCCCUUCGCCUCGAGCGUCUACACGAGUGAAAUCACCGGGGAGGCGGCUUCGACGGUUCGCUAUCCCGUGAAGGAUUCGGAACGCGGGCUUUUCGAUCGAGGCGUCUCCCCGGCGGCGAAGGAAUUCAUCGCCGAGGCGGAGCGGGAGUAUUGGGCGAGCUCGGAAUAUUUACACGAGGCCCCCAGCCGCGGCGCCGGGAUCCCGGAGACGGAAACGCGCGUGAAUGCGAAAACCGGCGCGGUGGAAACGAUCACGCGUGUCGCGAGCCCCUUUGGGGAGACCUACGUUCCCUCGAGCAAGGAGCGCUACGCGUUGCGUGGAAAGGUCGGGGAGCUUUCCUACCAACACGCCCACCCCCGUCGCGCCCUCGCCGACGAGCACGCCGAGUGGAAUCUGCGAAAAGAACGGCAGUUGGAGGAGUUCUUGGUGACCUCGCCAUUGCCGAUGUUGCCGAAGGCGCGAGAGGUCGCGCUUUUCCUGAUUUCCGACUUCUACGAGGCGGGCUUGGCGCUUCAACCGCGCAACGCCGAGGCGGUGAUGAUGUUGUUCUCCCGCGCGAGUCUCCAACUCCGCCUGCGAGGCGAGGAAAUCGAGGAGGCGAUGGCGAAGCCGUCGUUUUUACCUCACGCCAGCGCCCCCUCGUCUUCCGAUUCCGCUUCCGAUUCCCUUCCCUCCGUGAAGGGGAGUUGGGGGGGGGAGGAUAUGAAUGGGAUCCCUUUUCUCGCCGAGAUGCGGCGUCUGUACGCGCAUCAAAAAAGCUGCUUCGUCGCCCCGACCCCGGGGAUGGCGGAGCAGCUGAUGAGCGCCCUGAGCGCCGUUUUCGCCGCCAACCCCGCCGUUUUCCACCUCGCCGGGAGGAUUUUGAUCGAUUGCGAUAAAUACGUCGUCCUCCCCACGCGAUCGACCUAUGCGGCGUUUUUUAAUAUCUGUCGGGUGAAUCGCGCGAUGCCGUUCGCGAUCGCGCGGAUGGCCGAUGCGGUGCUGCGGCUGAACGUCUCCGUCGACGCCGCGAUGGCGACGGCGAUGCUUCGCGGGCUCAACGAGGGCGGCUACGUCGAGGAGGCCGUGGCGUUGCUCGGUCGAAUCGAGCGGGUUCCCCUCACCACCCCUUUGUUGAACGCCGCGUUGGAGACGCUGUUGUUGUCAUCGCAGGCGUUGAGUUGCUUUUCGGCCUUCACGGCGGUGACGGCGGCGAGGCUGCGGCCGGAUGCCGACACCUACACCCUCCUCCUCCUCGCGUGCGAGAAAUCCGGCGAGUGGGCGCGCGCGACGACGAUUUUGGCCGACAUGCAAACCCGCCGCAUCAAAGGGAAUGCGCAGACGCUGAAUUUGCUUCUGAAAGGGCUUUUGAUGGAAAAGCUGCACAGCUACGCGGUGCAGCUGCAUCAGACGAUGCGGGCGAAACGGGUGGAGGUGUGGCCGGCGCUGGAGGCGGCGGUGCAGCGGUUGCGCAGGGCUCCCAAGGGGAGAACGGGGACUCGGCAGGGGGGUAAAAUUGAGGUGUGCGAUGAAAACUCGCUUGUGACGGUGAACGAUUCUCCACAUCCUAAACGGGUUUAA